CAAACAUCAACUGCAGUUAUAAGCAGUCUGGACCUAUAUCCCACAAUUCUUGAUAUGAUCAGUGGCAGCAUAUUUGAUGAUGUAACCUACGAUGGACAGAGUGUAAAAGAUGCCAUAUUGGAAAAUACCGACACAGGUACAAGGGUGUUAUUUUAUUAUUGCAGUGAUAGACUGAAUGCUGUACGAUAUGGGCCGUAUAAAUUUCAUUUUUUUACGUGCGAAGAAUAUAACUCUGCCAUUCACAAGGUUUGCAAACAUGGAGUACCUCAAGAAAACUUCUAUCAAUGCUUACCAUGCGAUGGUAAGAGUAUCAAUGUUCAUGACCCACCAAUCAUGUUCAACAUUGAACUGGAUCCAAGUGAACUCUAUCCGCUAGAUAUUAAUCGUCACAGUGAUAUUCUGGAGAAAGUGGUAGAGGCGCUUCUGAGCCACAAGGAGACACUAACCGUGCGACCUUCAUUACUCGUGACCUCUGUACCUAGUCUGCAUCCUUGCUGUAACCCACCUUAUUGCAUGUGUGAUAAGACCAAGCUUAGCUGGCAGACUUGUGAUGCAAAGCAAUAAUUUUAUAUAAAGUUCUAUUAAAGUAUAUAUAUCAUUAUAUAUUUUAUAUUUAUUCAGGAUUACUUUGCCUACACAAUUCGAAAAGAAAUUUUUUUUUUUAAGUUGGUUUGAACAACUUACUACAAAGUAGUCAAUGAAGAUUGAUGAAAUUUCAUUGCUGAAAGCUCUGUAAUUGCUUGCAAUAAUUCUUACUUUAAUUUAUAUAUUUUUGUUGUUAUUGGAAAUCAUACAUUUUUGCCAAAAGCAUGUAUAAAUGUUAGCUGGUACAAAAAAAGGAACAUUGAGGUACCAUUUUAUUUUUACAACUAAAACUUUUCAUGUUUUUUAUAUAAAUUUUUAAGAAUUUUA